GGCAGCAUCAUCAACAACCCACACCCGCUAUCACAAACACAAGAACUUUGCCCGAUCUAGAGCUUGUUCGAUCCGCCCAUCAUGUCCGAGAAGCCCACAUAUCCCGCUGCGCCGAGCGCGGUUUCCAGGCCCGUCAGCGAAGCCCUGCUCAACGAGAAGUGGGAUCGCUGCCUGUCCAACAUGCUCAUCAAGUCCGGUCUUGGCCUUGGUUUCGGCGUUGUCUUCUCCGUCCUCCUCUUCCGCCGGAGGGCGUGGCCCGCCUUCGUCGGCGUUGGCUUCGGAGCUGGCCGUGCCUACGAGGAGUGCAACUUUAGUCUGAAGCAAGCUUCGAGGGACCUCAAGAAGCAGGCAUAAAAGCGGAAUGGAGAGGUACCUCGAAGGGACGCCCAAGGGUGGCGGGUGUGUCAAUGAACUAAUCCGGCACUGCUCGCAAGCUCGACGCCUGAUGCUCGCUCGAAGGAUUAAGAGGAUAAAUAUCAACUGAGAGACCACGAAAUGGCCAAGUGCUAAUGGACGGCUGUGACUGGUCGGAAAGGCGGUACUUCGGGUGCUUUCCUGUACAACAGCUGCUGCAGAAUCGAUAGACGCCUCAUACGAGGACCACAUGAUUUCCUUGGUAUCAUUGACAGUGCGAGCUUCA